AUGUCCACUACAGGAAACAGAAACAAAUCAACGGAACGAUUCAAGUGCCGUAAAAUACUCUCAGAUCAUCUAAAGCCUCUGAACGUGAGGACGAUACCGGAUCCUACAGACGAGUAUGUGUGGAAAUGGAAGGAAGGAAAGGCUCAUUUAUUAAAAACACCUUUGAGCAAAUUGAGCACUAAAGCAUUUCUUGAACUGUCUAAUGCGGUGAAGAGUGGUUCGGUUUGGGCGAUCAAACGAGAUAGAGACAGCACAACAGAGGAAGUAAUGACUGAAUUGGACGAAAUCAAAGCUCGCGAAAAACGACUUCACAUCAAAAAUGCUUGCCUUCAGAAAACCAUUCAACGCCAUACACGACGCCAGGAGAAAUACAAACGCGUGCUAGCUACUUCGGAAGAACGCUUGAGAGAAAUGUUGUUCCAUCUUCAAGAAGCCCAACGCUCAUUUGACAGUUUGGAUCCUCCUGUAUUUAGUUUCGAGUAG